ACAAUGAUAGCGGCACUACUCUGUGUUCUCAUAUUCCUUUUUUUAACUUGGAGGUUUCUUAGCGGGAGGAGGACAAACCUUCCGCCUUCACCUCCUUGCGUCCCUCUAAUUGGUAAUGUUGGACAAUUCGCUCCUGAGGACUCUAUAGUAGCCUUUAGAAAGUUUAGGCAAAAGUAUGGCGAUAUUUUUAGCCUAAAGAUUUUUCACAAGACGGUUAUUAUUGUUAAUGGCCAUGAUCAUAUUUAUAAUUUAUUGCUGAAGCAUGGUGAUGUUUUUUCCGAUCGUCCAGCAGGUAUAUUGAGGGAUUUUUUCAGUAAAGGAAAAGGAGUUUUGGGAAGCUCUGGUUCAUCCUGGAAGGAACAAAGAACAUUUUCGCUCAAUGUGUUGAGGAAAUUUGGAUUCGGUAAGCGAUGUCUGGAAAACCAAAUCAUGGACGAGGUUAGAGGGCUUCUGGAGGUCAUCGAAAAGUUUGGAGGUCAAGCCAUUGACAUUGAAGAACCUCUUACAAUCAGCGUUGCUAAUAUCAUCUGCUCCAUCGUAUUUGGAAAACGAUUUGAUUACAACGACGUGAAAUUUAAACGGUUAUUGUUUCUUCUCAACGAAAUUUUUCACGUCACGACCGGAAGUUCGUUUUUGGUCCUUUUUCCGACACUAAGACAUGUUCCAUUUGAUAUUUUUAAAGGCCAAACUGUUCAGAGAAAUCUUGAUGAGAUUCAAUCUUUCAUUCGAGAAAUAAUUGACAACCAUCGCCUUUGUUUUGACAAGAACAAUAUAAAUGAUUUUAUUGAUGCUUUUCUGUUGGAGCAACAAAAUCAAGAAAUGGAAGGCAACGCCUCCUUUACUGACGAACAGCUCGUGGUUACAGUCCAAGAUUUCUUUUCUGCUGGGAGUGAGACAACAGUGACGACACUUCGAUGGGCUUUCCUAUUUUUGAUACAUAAUCCAUAUAUACAAACCAAACUACACAAGCAAAUAGACGAAAUCAUUGGAGAAGCCAUUCCUCAAAUAGAGCACAGGGAGAAAUUACCAUAUAUGGAGGCUUUUGUUCUGGAAGUUUUGCGAAUGGGAAAUAUAGUUCCUCUUGGACUUGCUCAUUGUCCAAAUCGUGAUUUUGAGUAUGGUGGAUAUUUAUUUCCAAAAGGUGUCACUGUAUUGCCCAUCCUCGAUUCUGCAUUACAAGAUCCAAACAUAUUCAACAAUCCACAAAAAUUCCAGCCAGAGAGGUUUCUGGAUGGAGAGGGGAAGUGCAAGGGGACACAAAAGGAUAAGAUGAUUCCAUUCUCGACAGGAAGAAGAGUUUGUCUUGGAGAAAACUUGGCAAGAAUGGAGUUAUUUUUGUAUUUGGUUGCCAUUUUACAAAAACUUGAGAUUCAGCCCGUGGAUACUAGCGAUUUACCUUCCCUUAAAGGACAUCUGGGCAUCACCUAUAUGCCAAAGCCCUACAAAGUGAAAUUUAUCAGACGGUAUUAACACUUUCAAUUUGAAAUCAGUCAAUGCCAUAUUUU